UGUUGAUGGUGUUGAUGGUUUUGAUCUGAAGAUGGAGGAGUGUGAGGCUGCACUGACGGACCGAACUGUGUGUGUCCACAAUCUAAACAGCUCAGUUACAGAGGAAAUAUUAUAUGAGCUGUUCCUGCAGGCAGGACCGGUGCAGAAGCUCGUGGUUCUGAGAGGUUCUGAUCAGAAAUCUCUGGCUCUGGUUUCUUAUAAACAUGCUGAAUCGGUUCCGUACGCCGCGGCUCUGCUGGAUGGAAUCAGACUGUACGGCCGUCCGAUCAGACUGAGCUGGAACCACCUUUUUGCUCAGCACACAGAGUAUCAGAACCUGCAGAACAGACCGGCCGAAAACUGUGUUUCUGGGAUCCUCGAUGAUGCUUCAUGUUUUUAUCAUCAACCAAACACACACGUGUACAGCUGGAGAGAUACGAUGUCUGGUUUGGUUGGUGAUCACUUCGCCCCCCUCAUGCACCCUGCUGAAGGCUCCUACUGCCCCCCUGUACCCCUCUGGGCGUGGCCACAUCCUGGAUUUGUGCCCUGGACCUGUUCUGAUGCUCCAAACCAGCUUGUGGACUUUAGCAACUCAGGAGAGGCGGGUGGAGAGCAAAACAUCAGGAAUAAAAAAAGAAAACGACGCAAACAUGAAAAGAAGCAACAUAACAAAUCACAAUAAUUAAUCAAUAAUUCUGUAAUAAUAAAUAAAUAAAUAAACACCUGUCUGUUAC